GUUGCUCUUCACGCUUCGACAUUGGUAAACCGUCAGUGGUGUGAAUAUGCUAUCAAGCAUUUAUGGAAAGAACCGUUUCGUUUGGUGUUGGCUCUAAAGGAAAGCGUUGAUUAUGGCGCUCGCGAUCGCGCAAAAACUGCCAUGCUGACUGAAAUGUUAAUAAUCAGCUUGAUUAAUAACGAAAAUCAAACAAGAAAUAAUACACUACAACCAUCUCAUAAAUUUGCUUUGAUACCUAUUCCUGUAUUUAAUUAUGUCGCAUUUAUCCGUAAAAUCGACCUUCAAGAUCUAGGACUUGCGAUGAUAGAAUGGUAUGAAUAUGUAUUUUCUAAAGAAUAUGGUCGAAAAACAGAGUCGAUCAAGGUUCGAAAUGCUAUUUUCGGCACAUUAUUGCAACGAAGAGUUACUAGAUUUUCAACAACAAAACCAUAUAGAGAUGACAAAUUUUUUAUGAAAGAAAUAACUGCAAGGAUCUGCAAACUUUUGAUGAUUCAAAUUUCGAGACUUGAUUCUAUUUCAAUUGAAUCUGCUAGUGUUAGCCCAAGGGUUAAACUCUCUGAAAUUCUUGAAGCUCAUUUUGAAGAGAGUUCUCAAUUCUUUGAGAUAACAAAUGAUUAUAUGGGAAUCAUUUCAUAUCCUGGAGCUAAUAAUUGCUUAUCACAAAUUGCAGAUUUUUCUUGGAAAGAUAUUUGUCCAAGAGCAAUUCAAUUUGUACGUGAUCUUUCUUUGGUAGCUAAAAAUUUAAAAAGAAUCGUAUUCGAUAUCAGAUCACGUACAUUUGCUGAAGAAUCUAAAUUAGCCAUGACGGCUCUUCAUACUUUGAUUGAAGCACAAAUUGCUUUAAGAGAAUUCGAACUUUAUAAUUUCUGUAUAAAUGGACCAGAUUUAAUAAAUGUUCUCAAACGGCAAAAAGAAACUUUAAAUCGUCUCGUAUUCAGGAAUUUGAAUGUAACAAAAUUGGAUUAUAUUUCGGAAAUUGAAAGUUUGAUCAAUCUUGAAGAAUUGGAGAUCAUAGGUGGAAAUCUUGAGAGUAAAGAAUUAGAGUCUUGGCCAAUAAGCAUAACAAAAUUUCCAAAUUUGAAAUUUUAUCAAGUUGAUAACAUAUCACCACCAUCCAUCGAAAUGAUGUCUAAUUUAAUUGAUCAAACAUCGUGUUCAACAUUGAGAUCAUUUAUAUACAUUCAACGAAGGAAAUACUGUCUUCAAUCGACUACAUCAAUUCUUGAAACCGUUAGUCAACAUUGCAUAAACCUUAAAUAUUUUGAAUGUGAUGCAGAAAUAGGAUCAACAGAUCAACUAAUGUCAAUCCUCAAAUCAUCACCAUUUCUUGAAACGAUAAUCGUUAGAAAUAAGAGAAUUCCAUCGAAUAUAAAUGAUCUAUUACGACAUGUUAAGUUGACAAAAUUACGUUAUUUAGAACUCGAAGGACCAUGGAAAUUUUCACCAGAAUCAUUGGAUGUCUUUCUUAAAC